UUGGGUAGGGGAGUUACAUUUGGUGUGUGGUGUGCGCUCUCUACGGCUGUGCUCACAGGCACUGCUUCUCAGCAGGGAGGCUUGCUGGGGUGGUCCAGAGCGAGGUCAGAGCAGAGCAGAUGGUCCGGUUGUUAGAUGCAGAAAGCCAGGUCUCAAGUGCAUCUCAAGACCUUGUCCCGGGGUCUCGGAGCAUCUUGCCAACAUUCAUCCAGACACACUUCACAUCCGCAUCGUCAUCCCCAGGGGUACGGGGCCACAGGGAGGGACCUGCCCCAUGCAUCGAGCCCAGGGAAAGCCAGGGCAAGAAGAGACUGCUGUCCUCUACUACAAUCAUUAGCCUCUGCACUACAGCCCUCUCGGGGCCUGGCACCGAGCCCAGCUUUCCUGACUCCAGGCAACCCCCCACUCCCCGGUCCUUGGAGCAGAGGAUGUUCGGUAACAUCUCGUGGAGCAGGGAAUCGGCAGAAUUGCUCACGGCCUUUGUGUGACGGAGCCAGUGGCACCUUUGUCCCACGAGCUGCAGCCAUGGUGGGAGCAGUGGCCAGCUGAAUAGUGAGGGAGGGACAGAACACUGAUUUCAUUCAUGGCCCCAGCGGGGCUCAGAUGAUGCACGGGACGAGUCCUCCCCCAGCAAGCUGCUUUACAAGCCCCAGGAACAGAAUGAGCCAUUCAGGGAAGUGACCGGGCUGCUGCCCUUGGCAGACCUGUGACUCUGGGGCUGCACGGCAAGCAGGGCUUGACAUUUAUCCUUCCCAGGCUGGAUCCAGUGACAACACAGGGGUUUGUUGUGAGCUGGAUCUGUCUGGGAGGAAAAUGAUAUGCCGGUCAUGUGCAUUCCUAGACCACUGCUUCCCCUGCUGCAUGUGUUCAGUGCCACCAGCAGCCCGGGCUGGGUGAGAGUCACUCGCACGUGUGGCAGAGCUGUCAGCUGCUUUCUCCCUUCAUUCUCCCUAACUUCAUUUCUCCCUAACAUCUAUUAUCUAUAUACUAUUUCCUACCUUGUGCGGCUGCCUAGAAGAGUGCCGUGCACUGCAAGGGCUGUUACAUGGGGGGUCGGUGCAAAACCUUCCAGCCUGGAGGGAGACACAUUGUGCCACCACUUCCCAGUCCCAGCUCUGGGUGGAAAGGGGGGAGUUUGGCUGGAGGUGCUGAGUUUCCAGACCCCGCUGCCUCUCCCUGGAGGCUCAGCUCAGGGGCUAGCUGAGAUCAGAAGAUGCAGGGAGGCCUCGGGGUGACUUCAGCUCGUUAACAACGCCCUGCUGCCCCUCACCUAACAGACGCCCACAACCAGCACUGCAGGGAAGGUGGCACGGGCCCAGACAACCCGUUACAGGGGGUGAGGCUGGCAGCAAAGCAGAGGCAAGGGCCUUCCAGGGUGCCUUGCGAUUGUGGGAAAAGGAAGAGCUCCUGUGUGGCUCCUUUCAGAGAGGAGGCUGUGGGUCAGGUCCAGCCAGGGCCCGCUGGACAUAUGGACAGACGUGCCCUUAGACACUGCUGUGCUUCUAGCAAGUGCCGUGGGCAGGGGGAGUGUUUAACCCUCCGCAUUUACACAGCAGCUGGCAAAGCCUAACAGAGCGGAGGCAACAAGAGCAGCCCCAGGAGCACCAGGCACGAGGUCUGCCGGAGCUCCCAGGCCACGCGAACCAGGACCCGCAGCUCCCAGCCGCGGCUCCAGACGGCAGCCUUGGGGAGAAGACUCUGCAUUUCCACGGCACUCUUGAAAGCGCUCUGCAAACGGAAGGCAAGGGUUUCUUAGGGUCAUCUCUCUUAUUGAACCAACUCUGUAGCUGGGAUGAAGUUAAACAAGGUUUUGAUGCAAAACUUUCAUUCUCAGGUCUGAGGAAGCAAAAUUCAGGAAACAAACAGAAGCCAAUUCAGCCUCACGCCCAAGCAUUGGUAGUGCCCCCACACUGCUCUCCCCCAACACGACAGCCCACGUGCAGUGCCUCUCCCCGCUCCAAACAGAAGUGAAACGCACUGUGGGGUCCUACCCCUGCACCCUUUUGGGGAGUUGUGGUACCAGGUGCUAGUAUCCGAGUCAGAGGGGCUCUGGGUCAGGUGUACCGGGACAGCCACACGCAGCCCUCGUCCAAACGUGGGGUCCUGCUCAGGGUAACGUCCGUCUCAGCGUGGUCUCAGAGGUCUGAGCAGUGUGACUGGGAACAUCACCUUCCAAGCAGGGCAGCCCGGCGCUCCCCGACGGGGGAUCCAGAAGAGCAGUGCUGAAGGACGCCCGUGGGAACUGGGGCUGUUUCUUUACCCGUGCAAACCCGCUGGGCAGGGCAGGGCAGGGCAGGGCAGGGGGACAGCCGGGCACUGACGGAGGCAGGUGCGGUUCUGACUCACCCCGUUCGCCCCUGCGGAGAGAAGAAAGCCUGCCUUUCCUGGCACCAUGCCCGAGAUGCACGGCCACAGCCCCGCUAGGGUGACCGCCGCAAGCGGCUUGUGGUUUGGGGCAGGGUCCGCCUGCAUCUGUUUCAGAUUCCUGUUCCGCUCAUCCUGGAAAUGGCUGAUUUACUGGAGAAGCGUUUCCCUCAGGAAAUCUGCUUCAGGCUGCGGGAUGUCUUCAGUUACAAGGGAAAAACAAACAGCUGCAUCCUUGGAAACCCUGAUCUUUUGGAAACGCCGGCGCCAGGUCCUGGGCUCCCCUUGGCCAGCCCCUGCAUGACUAGCCUGUGGGCACAACGCAGGGACCCACCGAGAGUCUGUGCUUCGGGCCCCACUGCCCCGUGGGGAAAGGCUGCUGGCAGCUGCCCAUUUCAUCUCUCUGCAGGCACUGAUUAAUUAGCAGGGUCACUUACAAGCCAGGGCCAGCGCUGGAAGGGUGCACACCUCAAGGGAGGGGAGAACGGGUCAGAUGCUCUAGUUUAGGAACAUGAGAGCCAGGACCUGGAAAGGAGGAAAGAGCAAAAGGGGGACAAGUAUCCAGCAGUUUCCAGAAGCAAGAGUUGCUAGGUGGGAAGCCGUGAGCUAUAUCCCAUGGUGCGGGGGGGACUGGGGCUUGUGAGCACUGGGCCACCCUGGUGAAAUGCCCAUCCUGUCCCUGCUGAAAGCAUGGAGCCUUUAAGCCCCAAGCAUCGCUGGCACAUGGCUGCUCACAGCUCCUGAGCUAUGCCAGGCAGUCCCGAUACACUCAUGCCAUGUCCAGCCAGGAGGACAGGUGCUCUUCCUGCACAGCGAGGGGUCUGGAUGCCUGCUGCUUUGCUGUGGGUUUCCUGCCUGACCCUGGGGCAGGCCCAUUUCCUUUCUGUGUCUCCCGUCAGCAAGGUGGGAGUGGAGCUGUCUGGGAGGUUUAUAACGAAUUCAGAGGCAUUUGCAGGUCCCUGUGGAGACCCCCUAGUGCAGGUGGCAUUGGACAUGCUCAGCUUGGACUUUCAUGGCCAGACUCCUGGCUCCAGCAUGGUGCGGGAGUGUCUUGACCUCCGUCCCUGCACGAGGUGUCUCUGACCUGGGACCCAGAGCCACCCACUUCCCGGUGCCUGCCUGCGCUUCCAGCUGGCAUGUGCAGCAGCGACCCGCAUCUCCUGCCUGAGACCAGGUAGGGACCCGCCACUGCAGCCAGGGCAGGCCCCCGAGCCACACGAUGCUCAGGCCUCCCAUGCCCCCUCGUGCCUUCUCCUUGAAACUGCAGCUCCUUGCAGUGCCCCGGGCCAGCUCCAUCGGGGCGAUGGUUUUGCUACCUGGAUACAUGUUGUCCAUCAUCCUGGUGAAGCGGGUGCAUUGCCAGGAAGUUCGGUGCCAUACCCACCUGGGACCAAGACAGAGAGUGCAGCGGGCACGGCGACUGUCACAGGAAAGCAAGAGGCACGAGCUUCCUGCACUGUUUGUCCAUGUCCUUCUCAACUGAGUGUCAGCGCCAGGGAUCAGUGGGGCUGCAACGAGGCCAGGACUUCACCCCUCUGCUGCUGUGAAAGUGCACGAGCUUCACGUGUGCAAAUGGAUGGGCUCAGCUGGGUGGAAGCCUGAGCAUUUACACUGACCUGACGCUGAAAAGAGCAGCACGUUAGCACUGCUCUAAGAGGGAAGAUGCACUCCUCUGCUUUACAGACUGAAGCCGUGAAGCGACCCUGCAGCAACCGGCCGUUGCAUGUGGAACGAACCUCCGAAGGUGCUUCUCUCAAGGGGUGCGGAGAAGGGCAGGCAUGCUGCGGUUGCUAAUCCACCCGCCGGCCUGCAGAAGAAUGCAAACUCGCUCCAGUGUCACCAAGGAGACAGCCGGGCGUCUCUGUACACAGUGCCCGUCCCGAACACCAGUCGACCUAAACCAGCUCCUGACCUCCUGCAAGAGGCUCCUGCAUGAGCUGAGGCCCUGCUGCCAUCCCCCCGCGGCAGGCUGGGCGGUCUGGGGAGAAGGAGCAGGCUCGCUGCCCAAGCAGCAGACAGCUAUUCCUCUCUGCCGCGCCCGAAUCCAGGCAGAGAUGUGGAGGAGCCUCUCCGAGCGCUUUGCUGUGCUGGAUGUGACGUACUUCGUGAGGCACAAAGGCGAGGUCAAUGCUUGCGCUUUCUCUGCCGACUGCCAGCACCUCCUGACUGCCUCGGACGACAGCAGGCUCUUCCUCUGGAAUGCUAAAACUGGAGCGCUGCUCUGCAAAGUCACCGGGCACGCAGGGCCAGUGAAAGACUGCAGGUUCUCUCCAGACUGCGCCCUCUUUGCCAGCGCCUCUCACGACUGCACGGUUCGAGUGUGGGACACAGCGACCGCUGAGUGCGUCCACGUGCUGGAAGGUCACUGCAAGAGCGUGGAGACCGUGCGCUUCAGCCCCGAUGCCCGGCAGCUCCUGUCAGGAGGCUGGGACCACAUGGCCAUCCUGUGGGACACGCAGUUAGGUCAGAUGUUAAGGCUCUUCUCUGGGCACCGUGACGUCAUCCAAAGCUGCGACUUUUCCCUGAACACGCAGUACCUGGCAACUGGUUCCUGGGACUGUACAGUUAAAGUCUGGAGUUUGCGUACAGAUGGAGAUAACACUCUAGAAGGACACCGGGGCAACGUUAGCUGCGUUUGCUUCUCUGCAUCAGGAAUGCUGGCAUCGGGCUCGUGGGACAAGACCGUGCGGGUCUGGAACCCAUGCAGCGGGGUACUCGUUUUCCUCCUGGAGGGGCAUUCAUCCUGGGUGAAGAGCGUGUCCUUCUCCAGGGACGGACUACUGCUGGCCACUGCAGGCUAUUCAGAAAUGGUGAAAGUGUGGGACUGCAGAACAGGGAAGUGCAUAGAAACUUUAGAGGUGAUGUUGGAUCAAGCCUCUAGCUGCAUCUUCAGCCCAGAUGGUGCUCUUCUAGUCUCAGGAGCUGCUGGCCACGAUGAACAUCAACUGCAGGAGACGAAAAGGGAAACCUGGAGAACAGUGCAAGGGCUAAACCAUCCUGCUUCAAUAGGGAAAGGAAAUGGUCAAGUGCCAAGUGAGAACUAGAAAGGGAUGUUAUCAGACGUAGCCAGUUCCUGAGAGCAAAUGAUCAGCCUGCCCAUGGCAGGUUGGUACAAGUCCACCUAACAGUGACAUGCUGCUGCCCAAGUGACCACAGCUCUAAACUCCAGGAUAACCCCCUGGUGGCAUUAUGACAUCCCAUGGGUCCUUCUUGAGUAUCUGGGUCCAAUGUCUUCUCCUACAUGGGGAUACACAGGAGUAGAAGGGCACUGAGUAAUAAAAGCACUGCUAAGGCUUACUAAAAGUUGAACACGUGCCUGAAACCUGGACCAACUGGGACUGCACUGGAUAUCAAAACAAUGCAAUGUGAAAGCAACCUGACAACUGCCUCUUAGCUCCAACUUAAUGUUUAAAGAGGACCACUAGCUUCUCAGUAGAUGAACUAAUGCAUCCAAAGUGGUAAUUCAGUACAAAAUACCACCAGUUAUUCACCUGGGGAACUACACUUAGGGGUGAAAAGCUGAAAAGUGGCCUUUCACUGUCAGAUUGUACAUAAAACUGUAAUUGUCUUCCUGUAACUUCACAGUAACCGGAAACAAGCCCAAUCAUUCUUCUCACACAAGGACCUGAAAGCAGCAUGCAAAAUCCCUCCAGCUAGCACCCAGAGUGAGGGACUGGCAGACGGGGUGGGCAGCGUGUACAACCAGGACAGAAAGGAGUCUGCAGAUGGCUGAGAAUACCUGAUCUCAAAGAGUCUGGUUUUUAGAUCAUACCUAUACUUUUUGUCUCCCCCCCCACCAUGUCCACCCAGGUGUGUGUGCAAUAAUCCACUUUUUGAAAAUAAAAAAUGUGUGAUGGACAAAGAGGCUGUGGUGAAUCCCAUGAAAGGUGAGGCCCAGACAACUUAUGUUACAAGGCCUCAGUACAUACCACUCAAGUUUCAUAUUAUCACAUCUUCACAGGACUGAAGUUCAAGGUAACGAUAAAUUGUCAAGCCAAAAAAGCUAACUGAACCUUGUAUAAAAAAGAAAAAAAAAAAAGAAAAAGAACAGCUUGCCGGAGGCUACAAAGACCUCAUCAACCUGCAAUAUUCUCUCAGAGGAAGCCCGACCCUGUAAAUUGAAGAUUAAGGUUGCAGAAAGCCAGCCAGCCCAGCAACACUUUAAACACCUGCUGAAAGAGUCCUAGUGAUAGUCCAAGCACUACUGAUAACGCUGCAGUCACUACUGAUCAUCUGUAAAUGGCUCCAACUGGGCACCAGAUGGCUUAAAGUGAUAAAUACAGCAUUGCGUAGAUAAUGAGAAUGCCAGUGCAGACAUUUUUGGUGUCCUAGCAGUGGAUCUAGAAUCCCUUGUCAGAAAAAAGAACUCAGAUGUACAAAAAUCCCUACUCAGAAUAAGCUUCCGGCAAAGAACAAUCUUCAAUUUCAGUGAAACCCACUUUGCAAGGUUUGUCUACUUUCCAUGCAGUGUGUCGGUGUUGUUUGGACUGGCACCAGAAAAAACCUGAAGGUAAGUUUACUGAUUCUAGAGGGUUCCCCCACCCCUUUCAUGAUCUGUUUAGUACACAAUCUUUAUGCUGAAGUUCCGAAAAAGAAAUCUGAAUGUAAAUGCUUUUGUCUCCAAAAUAAAAGUGUAACUAUU